ACAAACACCGCCAUAUGCAUAAUUAACCCGCCAUUGUCAACUGCAUAUAAAAUGGUUGGCAAAUAUACAAAAUCUAUGCUAGAAACAUUUACUGUUGUCGCCUUUAAGGUUUAGGUUCCCAGAUGAGAUGUACAAUUAGCAAUCAGUUAAGAAAAUUGAUUAUGAAAAGAGUGCAUCGAAUACUUAUUUAGGAUAGGAAACGAUAGAUCGUACGUUAUUAAGUGUAUUUCCAUAGAACGGUUUUUACAGAAUUAUGUGUUGUUAUUAUCAUCAUUAUGAACUUUCCUUAUGUUAUGUAACAGUCUAAUAUUAAGAUCUUUCAAUUGGAGUUACUUUUCCAUACAAUCUUUAUGUACCAAAAGGAGUGCUACUUAUGCUUUGGACCUUGAAAAGUUACCCAGUAUUCAUAUUAGCCGAUAUUUGGCGAUAUAUACAUCAAGGCAUUUCCGAGCUGUUCACUUUAUGGGUUUUCUAAAGGGUUACCUUUAAGAAAGCGACCUGCGAAUAGUCUUUUCCAAAAAGUGUACAGAAUUGCAACAAUUUUUUAAUAACCAAAUACUAUGCUUUGUUCAUUUGGACCCUUGAUUAAUCAUUUUGGUGACUUGGUAUUGGCAAAAUCACACGAUCUGUCUACUCAAAAACCCUUCAAAAAGACCUUUUUUUCUUUGGAUUAACAUGUUGAAUAUAUUCUUUAUUUAAAUCCAGUAAUCCAUAAUCCAAGAUACUUAAAAGUGUUUGCCAAGACGCUAAGACGCUAAUUUUAUAUUUUGCUCUUUAGUGCAUGAAUACCAUGUUUUAACUGCCAAGCUAAGCUGCCGGAUUUUUUAUGUUGGGAUUUAUCGCUUUUGUAAAUCUUUGCUCAUUUUAUGCUCUUAAAGAUUACUUAACCAGCGACGAUUUGUAGAUAGUACUGUAAAACCUUGUAAGAUAAUAGAGUGUAAAUUAAUUUUUAAUUUUUUCUUUUGAUUUCCAGUAUUUAGUUUCAACCAGUAAACAAGGGGUAUAGGUAUCUUUUUCGCCGGUGAUUUUGAGCUUGGGACUAUUGUAUUCCCAUUUGCGAUUAUUCUAGUAUCUGAUCCUUUUUUAUGUUUUGAUAUUGUCUCUUUAUUUGGAGAAGAAGACAUAAUUUACCUCAGCCUGACAUAAAUUUCUAUUGGUAUCUUUGGGUGCAAUGGGAAUCGUGGAAUGCUACAAUCCUGGACAGACGGUGUUGAAAUUUUUUAGCCCCGCCACCCAGUGCUAUCUCAGCUACUAAAAACACACUCAAAAUUUGAAUACGAGGGGGGGGAAGCUGCACUAUACACCCAUGCUACUGGUCACGUGUUUAGGGGUUUUCACAUAGCCCUGCCCAAGAUUCUACGUUACACACUAAGUCACUGCGUACUAAAGACACACGAAACAAAAAAAAUGUUGAGUUUUUGAACAUUACAUCCAAUGCUUGGGUUUUCUAACAUAUACAUCUAAUGAGACAGCCCCUUCACCUGUGCUUUUUCCUUACUAGCAGCUAACUGACCAGGGAGGGAUGGGAGACUAGGUUGGCUGGUAGCUUUAGCCCACAGGUAUGGAAGUCCCCACCAACCCCUCUCUAUCUAACAACUCGCCCACGUUGCCAAAAAAUUUAUUUCGGACAAUUAUAAUCUAGCCUUUGCUUUACUGUGAUGUCUCAGUCUGCAGUAUCGCGAGGCGUGUGAAUUUCGAUGUAUUUUUCACUUCAUUUUUAAAACCGUUGCCCAGUCGCAGAUAUUGCCUAAAUACAGGUAGGGAGAGGCUCAAUGCUUGUUGGAAUCAAUUUUUGUACAAGGCUCCGAUUUGUACAAGGCUUCGUUGUGACGGAUUCCCUAACAUAGCCGCAAAUUUAGUAACAAGAGCAUUUGUUUUGCAACAAGUACUUAAUGUACGCGUUGCUUAUGUACUGUUCCUUUGUUUAUAAUAAAGAGUAUGCAGCUAGGACAACAGGUUUCUGCAGUUUCAUUCCACAUGUCUUCUGCCUUGCGUAUUGGCGGGUGUGUUUGGUAUUGUACAUUUAGCGGUAUUCACAUGCUUGGCGGUCCUGCGCUUGGCGUUAAUCGCGUUCAAACAUCUGGUUCUCUAUUGCACAAGAAACGGAAUUUCUUUUGCUGCAAGCCCCUCCAUACCUAUGCCUACAAAAGUAAACAUGCUUUAUAUACAGCACCAAAUAAGUGAAGAAGUAGUGCUGUUGAAAUGAAUAUAAGAAAAGGGGAAGCGACUGACGAAACCCUUCGCAAUCAUGAGGUUGGCAGUUUCCCUAGUCUGCCUGUCUUUUCUUCACUCGUUUUGAUUUUUAGGCGUUGGUAACUUGCUUCUUCUUGUUACAACCUGCAGUGUGAAAGUCUUGUUUAAGUACAUUUUUAGAGGUAUCUAAACGGACACGAGCGUUUUUCUUUUGAGAUUUGGAUUAGAAAAUCAGCAUUUCUCAAAUUCUAACUAAACCAUAUUAUGCCAUUGUUUGAAGUUUCUUACAGCCACUGUACAAGUAUUUUACUGUUUAUAUAGCACUUGUGAAUUUGCCAGUUGUAAACCAGUAAGAGCGCAUACGACAAUAAACGCAUUAGCCGGUUGCCCGCAUUCCGCUGUUUGAAAGCAGUUUGCAAACCAGGUAACAAUGACUUCUGAUCCGUGUGACCUGUGAGCGCAUUCACAUUGAAGUCUGCUAUGGUCCAGGUGCCACGUUGUUUUUUGGAAACGUUGCGUGUUAACGUCCUUCCGUUCAAAAAAAACAAAUCAAUCCGUAACCUAUGUGUUUCAAUUGCUUACUACUUAAAAAAGAUGAAGAUUGAACUUGGGAGCAAAAAGCCUGACGAAAAGGAGCUGAGCACGCAACUUGAAUAUUUCGACGACGGCAACGAAGAGAAAAAUAAUCACAAGCGGCCUAAAUGGGAAAACAAGACACAGUUUAUUCUUUCUUGUAUCGGAUUUAGUGUUGGUUUGGGAAAUGUAUGGAGGUUUCCUUACUUGGCUUACAAAAAUGGAGGCGGUGCUUUCCUUGUGCCAUAUCUGAUCAUGAUGGUUUUGUGUGGACUACCAAUGUACUAUCUGGAGAUCUCCAUUGGACAGUACUUUUCAAAAGGGCCAAUCCAAUCAUGGCGGGCCAUCUGUCCCUUGUUUGCAGGCGUUGGCUAUGCCAUGCUGAUCGUGUGCUUUCUGAUCAGCGUAUAUUACAACGUGAUUAUUGGCUGGAUAUUGUUUUAUCUGUUCGAUUCAUUCCGGGCAGAUGUCCCUUGGAGACGAUGCGACCAUAAAUGGAACUCGCCUAAAUGCAUGCAGAAGCUAAGCAUAAUUGGCAAUGGAACCAAGGUUAUAACCAAUGCUAUCGGAAAGAACUUAACUGUCUGUCAGGAAACGUAUUUGUCGCCAAUUGUUGCAAACGGUUCGGUGAUUAAAUGCGUUUUAAACGGAACAGAUCGACUUUCAGCUUCCGAAGAGUACUGGAACCAUCAUGUUUUGGAUAUCACUUCAAAUGUUAAUGAAUUAGGAGAAAUGAGAUGGCAAUUGGCAUUGACUUUAAUUUGUGCUUGGACAGUUGUCUACUUUUGCAUGUGGAAAGGAGUCAAAUCAGUCGGAAAGGCAGUCUACUUCACUGCGACAUUUCCAUACGUCGUUCUCAUUAUUCUCUUGAUCCGAGGACUUACACUGCCAGGAGCAGUCGACGGUAUUCUCUUCUACAUCAAGCCCGACUUUUCCAAACUUGCUAAUGCUGAGGUUUGGGCAGCAGCAACAACACAACUUUUCUACUCGCUAGGACCAGCCUGGGGUGUCCUUCUAUCGCUUGGCAGCUACAACGAAUUUCACAAUAACUGUCUUAGAGAUGCUAUCGGGUUGGUUUGCAUGGACUCGUUCACAAGUUCGUUGGCUGGAUUCGUUAUUUUUAGUGUAUUGGGAUUCAUGUCUCAAGAUCUCGGAAUUGAUAUUGAGAAGGUGGUUUCCUCGGGGCCUGGUCUUGCAUUCACAGUCUAUCCUGAGGGGAUCUCACAAAUGCCAAUUUCCUCGUUGUGGGCGAUUUUGUUCUUUUUCAUGCUUUUUACACUUGGAUUAGACAGUUCGUUCGCUUGCAUAGAAUGCAUCAUAACCAAUAUAAUCGAUGAAUAUCCGAAAAAAUUGACAAAGAGAAAGGAACUGGUAAUCUUAGCAACAUGUAUCGCAUGUUUUGUAAUUGGAUUGCCCAUGACUUGUCAGGGAGGGAUGUACGUCUUAAAUAUACUGGACACACAAGCAGGUGGAAUAUCGCUGCUUUUCAUCGCUGCAACGGAAGUCAUUGCUAUUGGCUGGUUUUAUGGACCGCAGCGCCUCCGCAUCCAAGUGUCGCAAAUGAUAGGAUACAUGCCGGGUAUUUGGUGGAACAUUUGCUGGCGUUACAUAACUCCUUUGAUUUUAGUAACGAUUUUCGUAUUUCAUUGUUACGGAUGGCAGGGGAUAUCUUACGAUGGGAAGCCGUAUCCAGUAUGGGCAGAGUUUAUCGGAUGGUGUAUUGCCUUGUCGAGUAUCUUGACCAUUCCUGUUUUUGCCCUUGUUAAUCUGCUCAGAGCUGAAGGCACUACGUUGCGCGAGAAAUUCCAGCGAUGUAUAGAACCCGACAGAGAAACUCUACAGGCAAUUGCAAUGAAGCAUGGUUUGCCGUUUGAGGAUUCAGGUUUGCACGAAAAAGAAGGAGAACAUGUAUCUAUAAACCUUUAACUUUGCAACUGACACAUGUAAAUAUGCACAGACACGAUCGGUAACUUAUUUAUGAGAACUUUAUCAUACAUUGUUUGGGACGAAUUUUGUGGUAAUUUAUGUAAUUUAUUUAACAAAGCCUUGCGCUCUGAAUGGGGAUAUAGCGGUUUACAUUAUAAGGUUUAUAUGGCUGAAAGAUACACUCUUUAAGCUUGUACAUAGAUCUUUCGUUUUUGCUGUGUUUGUUAAACUUCAUUACACUGCAUUUUUUCUGUAUUAAAUUACUAAUAUGAAUUUAACGUGUC